AUGUCGGCCACAAUAUUUACUUACAGACUAAGACCACCUGUUGGUUUGGAGAAAACUUUAAUGAAGGAGCUAAAAUCAUUAAAUUUAGUUAAUUCUAAGCCGAGAAAGCUUACAGGCCGCAAGAUCAUUGAAGUUUAGGGGCCUGAGGAAUCUCUAUGGAAAAUGAUGCAUAAAAGUAGGAUUGCAGAAGAUAUAUAAGUGAGAAUGACUCAGCCAUUUAGAGCUAGAGGAGAAAAAGAACUAGAAUAGAAUCUUGAAAAAUUACCCUGGCAUUGUUACCUUCCUAAUCCUUAAUAAUAGUAAGAGCAUAUGUUUAAGAUGCCAUAAACAAGAGCUAAGACUCAUUCCUCUAAACUCUAUCAUACACAGUUAAUAAGAGAUAUUCUAAUCAAAUCAAUGACAGAGAUCCAGAUCAAAAGAGAUUUCAAAAUUUCAUUAUUAAAAGGCAUGAAUGGAAAAGGACCUUAAAACAUGCCAUAUAAGUAAUUCAAAAAGCAAUGGUUAGAGAAGAAAGAGAGAAAAGAACAAGAUGAUAUAGAUAGAAGAGUUAAAGAAAAAAUCUAAGAGAGCGAUGAUGAAGAAGAGAAUACUAUUGAUAUCGAUGGCCACACAAUUGAAUCAACUUAGAUAGAGAGUGAAGGAAAAGGCCGUCGAAAAAUUAAGACUUUAGAUGAAAUUAAAGCAGAAUUAAAGUCAAAGAUAGAAUUUAAAAAAAAUCUUAAAACAAUCAGCAGAAUAUAAAUUAAUAUAGUCAAAGACAGAGGUGAAAUUCUAGUGGGAACAAGCUAUGAAGAUUUACACAAGCACGGGUAUAAACCAUUUGUGAGAUGGGGUGUACUCAAAGAGACUUUAACUGCUGCUUGUAUACUAGAAUCAAACAUCAUAGCCAAGGCUAAUCAUACAGGUAAGCUGUAUCUAUGGGAUCCCUUCUGUGGUUCUGGUAGUUUCUUAAUUGAGACAUUGAUGAUGAUUCUAGAGUAACCAGUUAGAAAUUUUGAUGGUAAUUUGCCAUUUUAAUAUUGGCCUGUGCAUUAGAGGGAGCAAUAUGAAAAAUUUAAAGAAGAAUUGAAUGAUUAUUAAAAGAUGGUAAAGAAGGACUAAAUUGAUAUUUAGAUAAUUGGCAGUGAUGUAAGUCAGAAAGCUAUUGAGACCAGCAUCAAGAAUUGUGAUCAUUCAGAUAUUGAGAAACUUAUAUAGAGAGGAUUAGUCGCACCAAGGUUAAGGGGCUUUAUCAAUAAUCCCAUGAUAUUCAGCUCUCACUGGCCAAAGUAUUCAUAUGAUGAGAAUGGAGAGGCUGCUACCUCUGUCCUGAUGGAUUUUAAAUAAACAGAUAGAAACCAACUCCUUAGUCUUUAUUAAGGUGAUUUCUAAUCAAUUGGAAGCUAGUUAGCCUCACUCACAGAGAAUUUCCAAGAUUUUACUAUCCUUACUAAUGUUCCAUAUGGAGAGUAAUCAAAGGAAAAGCAAAGACAUACAGACACUGAUCUACAAAACAUAUACAGAAGAUUUGGUAAAUUCAUCAGAAACUAUCCUUCCCUCGAGAAGAAUACUUUCGUCCUUGCACAAUCUCAUCACUAUGGCCACAAACUUAGCUUUGAAAAAUUCUCUAAUUGUGGAUGGUCUAAAGAGCUUAAUUUUAGCAAUGGAGGCCUGUCAGUUCAUCUGCUCAAGUUUGACAUGUCAUAGGUAAGUGAAGUAAAGCAGACUCUGCAGGCAUACAAGGAAAUUGCUGCAAUGUGA